UCAUUGCUCCUGGAGAAGGAUGAAAGGUCCGCUUCAGAGUUGAAAGUAGGAGGUGUUUCCCGAUGGACUUGUGAGGACAUAACCAGCCUAAAACCUGAGUGGAGAUCGAAGAAAACUAAAUUGGAUCACCCAGUUUUUUUCCCAGGAUCAUCAGGACAGUGCACGACCCUUAGGAUGGAUUCUUCCAAAUCUGACUACGAUGAAUACUUUGGCAAAGUCCACGGAAUUCUAAUGUAUAAAGACUUUAUAGAUUAUUGGGAUGAUGUGGAUACAUUCCAGGCAAGACCAGAUGACAUUGUCAUUGCCACGUAUCCCAAAUCUGGUACAACCUGGGUUAGUGAAAUUGUGUACAUGAUCUACAAAGAAGGCGAUGUGGAAAAAUGCAAAGCAGAUGCCAUUUUUAAUCGAAUACCUUAUUUGGAAUGCAGAAAAGAAGAGAUAAUGAAUGGAGUAAAACAAUUAAAACAGAUGGCAUCUCCUAGAAUAGUGAAGACUCAUCUGCCAGCUGACCUUCUUCCAGCCUCAUUUUGGGAAAAGAACUGUAAGAUGAUCUAUCUUUGCCGGAAUGCCAAAGAUGUGGCUGUUUCUUAUUAUUAUUUCUUUCGAAUGGUAUCUGCUCAUCCAGAUCCUGGAUCUUUCCAAGAGUUUGUGGAAAAAUUCAUGGAAGGACAAGUGCCAUAUGGCUCCUGGUAUAAACAUGCAAAUUCUUGGUGGGAAAAGAGAAAUAAUCCACAAGUGCUAUUUCUUUUCUAUGAAGACAUGAAGGAGGAUAUCAGAAAGGAGGUGAUAAAAGUGAUACAAUUUCUGGGAAGACAGCCAUCAGAGGAGCUUGUGGACAAGAUUGUACAACACACUUCGUUCCAGGAGAUGAAGAACAAUCCGUCUACCAAUUAUACAACACUACCAGAUGAAGUCAUGAACCAAAAAAUUUCUCCCUUCAUGAGAAAGGGGAUUGCAGGAGACUGGAAGAAUCACUUUACGGUAGCUCUGAAUGAGAAAUUUGAUAUACAUUAUGAGCAGCAAAUGAAGGGGUCUACACUGAAGUUAAGAACUGAGAUCUAAGGAGGGAUUCUUAAUCUAUAUGAGAUUAAAGCUUUCUUUUCAUCAUUCUUCACUUUUUUCAAAGUUUAUGUUGGUAGAUGGGUGCCUGGGUGGCUUAGUUGGUUAAGUGUCUGACUCUUGAUUUUGACUCA